UCGUGAAAUGUUCAGCUUGCGUCAACGAGAUGGCCUGUUUCCUUCGCCAUUCCUCCUCUCCGAAACCCUAAUUUUUUUUGAAUAUUCUGGAUUUUCUUGUUGCCCUAUAGUUGGUGGCGCCGCCCAAUUCUAAUGGCUACUGCAAUAGCCACUCCGGCGGCUAUUGUUUGUUCCAGCCGGCGUAAGGAUCAAAUAUUCAGUUACUCAGUAUCAAUCACCAGGGCUACGUUUUCUUUCGCUUUUGUUCCCGUUCACAAGUCGUCUUCUUCUGUAAACCUCUGUUCUUUUCUCGGCAAUUUCCGUCAGACCAGCGAUGAAUUGCUGACAAGCUUCAGUGCUAGAGGUUCUCAGUUUCUAUGUCCUGUAUCUUGUGAAGUUGACGGUCGCAAAGAGGGAGAUGCCAAGAAACAAAGGCUAGCAUAUGCCAUUAAAGUGAAAUCGGAUGAAUCAACCAAUAUGCAUGUAUUAGAUAUCCAAAAUUCAGUCUCAUCUGAACGGAGGAAGAUGUUGAAAAUGGAAAGAAAUCCCAAGCAUCUCAACAAUAGUGUGUCACAGAGGAACAAAAUUGAAUAUUACCAGGUCAUCCAAUAUCCUCUGAAAACUGAGUCUACUAUGGGGAAUAUAUUACGUCAUAAUACUUUGGUUUUUGUUGUUCACAAAGAUGCUGACAAGAAGAGCAUAAGGGAUGCUGUAAAGAAGCUGUUUAAGAUUGAAAUGAAGAAAGUAAAUACAUCAAUCAUGCCUGACGGGACGAAGAAAGCAUAUGUUAUGCUGACACCAAACCAUAGUGCACUAGAUGUGGCAAAAAAAAUCAAAGCCAUUUAAAAGUUGAUUCUCCUUCUUCCUUUCCUUGCCAUGACAAUCUGGUGGCUAUAUAAGGUGCUGGAGUUAGAAACUAGACGCUUAUGAUUUAUAUGUGAUCUUAUGUUGAAAUUUUCUCUAGUCUUUAUAGGUACAAUUUUGUAGUUUCAGCUUAAUUUUGACCGUUCUCUGGGAAGUAAGUGUUCAAUCAUUGUGGUUUUUGGCUAACUGUUCCUGUAUGAAUGUACGGCUUGGUUCAACACCUUCUUCAUUUCUCCCCAAAUAUUGGGAAAAACUUGUAAUCUGUGUAAAAUCAUUAUGCUUUCAAGCUUUACAUUGGAAUACUUGAUAAC